GUCGAAAUAAAGCUCAAGAUGAGAAAACAUAAGAAAGUCGAUAAAUUGCGACAUCACCUGAAUUCCUAUUUGGGAUUUGAUAACCAUAGGUAGAGUUAACUAUUGGCUAAGCGUCAAGCCGAGCUAAUCCGUCUAUCGCAUUCCAUCACCUACCUAGCCUACAUUAAAUACCUGACGUCGUGCGCUGACCCUACUUCAGUCGAUCGCUUGCUUCUUUCUCCCCAUCUAUCUGUUACUCGUGAUACCUACCCUCCUUUCUUUUACAUAUCCCCGCAAUCCGAAGCAUCACCAUACCCUAGCUCAAAUCAAUCACAAUGGCCGACUCUAGAGCUGCUCCCCUCCGCCUGGGAUCUGUCGCUCCUAACUUCCAAGCCGAGACUACUAAAGGUCCCAUUGACUUCCACGAGUUUGUCGGCGACGGAUGGGUCGUCUUCUUCUCCCACCCUGAGGAUUUCACUCCUGUCUGCACUACCGAGCUCGGCGCCUUUGCCAAGCUCGAGCCCGAGUUCACCAAGCGAGGCGUCAAGCUAAUCGGCCUAUCCGCCAACACCCGCGGGAGCCAUGAGAGCUGGAUUAAGGAUAUCGACGAGGUUACAGGCGGCCACGUCGCCUUUCCUAUCAUCGCCGACAAGGAGCGCAAGGUUGCCUACCUUUACGACAUGAUCGAUUACCAAGAUACUACCAAUGUUGACGAGAAAGGAAUUGCCUUCACGAUUCGCUCAGUCUUCAUUGUUGAUCCUAAGAAAACUAUUCGAACUAUCCUAUCCUACCCGGCUUCCACGGGCCGAAACUCAGCCGAAGUCCUGCGCAUCGUCGACUCCCUCCAGGCUGGAGACAAGCACAAGAUCACUACGCCGAUCAACUGGGUUCCCGGCGACGACGUCAUCGUUCACCCUAGCGUCAAGAAUGAACAAGCUAAGGAGCUGUUCCCCGAAUUCCGUUCUGUCAAGCCGUAUCUUAGAUUCACACCUCUACCCAAGGAAAAGGCCACUGUCUCGUAGAAAGCUACGAUGUUGAGGAGGGGGACAGCCGAAUUAUUUGAAGUUGGUGGUUUUCGAUGGGCGCGAUGUGUAGACGGGCUCACUUAACACGGCAUAAAUGACGUGGAUAUUUCUAAUAAACAAUUGAAUCCCUCAAAUUCUAUUUCUCGAAUUAGAAUCAAUACAAUAAAUACCCAAAAGAAACUAAAAAAGUAAAUCUAUUAAACGAAGAAAGUAGUAAUUAUUUAUUAUUAUUAUUAUUAUUUUUAA